AGUCCUGAUAUCCAGCCGUCAUUAUCAACGGUUAAUUGACUCUUAAUCUAAUCAUUAGAAUAAUGACUCAAUGCAUAAGCUUAUCAGCCAAGAUCUCACUAACGUGAAAGAGGGAGAUAAAGUAAAAGCGAAUAACCUGACCUAAAGUCUCCCAAUUUUGGUCGGUUCUCUCGCAAUGCAUGGUCAAAAACAGUUGUUGUCCUCCUUCAUUCAUUGGCCAACAACAACCACAACGACGACGACAUCAACAACAACCACUUCUUGACUACUUGUGGGCAGAUGAAAGAUCUUGAUGAGAUUCUCGGAGGAGCCCUUCCCAAUCUCAAAUGUCUGGCCAUCAACAACUUUGUUUCCAUUCAUCUCCUACUCAUUCGCCAGAGGAAGAUUGGGUCGAAGAGGGGCCGGGAUGGAUGACAACAUUUACCCAUUGGGACCAAGGCAGCUCCCCGAGUCUCAAAUCCUUUACUAAGUCGGAUUUGGGAUUCUCUUGAAACAAUGCCAAUGGUUGUUUGAGCAGCUAGCUACCUGCAAAUUCAUUUGGUACAGAUCUACUCACACCGAGAAUCAUGGACACGAUACCUCAGGGAUUAGGCGACAACAUUUCUGGCCAAUGAAUCAAACAACGAGGUGAGAUCCAGACGAGGUAUAAGCUGUCAAUCCCGGAUUGAUUCCCUAAUGCGCUCUUAAUGACCAUCAACACUUUGCUCUGUGACCAACGUCUGCUGUGCUCAUUUCUGAACGGGUCAUUCAAUCUUGGGUUUUCAACGAACGGCGACCGUGAGAUGAUAGUCAAAGUGCUUCCAGCCAAAUCUAACUCUACCAAAAAGAAACUCCUUCCGGGCAAAAGUUCAUCCAGGCCAAAGGAGCUCAUUCAGAAGCCAUCCAGUUCAUCAUCUUCGACAUCAUCAUGCGAUUUGUGAGUGUUAUCAUCUCAAUCUUGUGCCUCGCCCAUCCCUCAGAAUUGUGCACAUCCGCCCGAGGGAAACUGCCCACCAACGACAAUGAAGUCCAUGAGGUCUUUCCCACUUUGUACCAAUUUGACAUGAAAUCCAAGCUAUUGAACGCCUCCAAGGACGAAAUGUGUCCCCGAUCCAAGAAGAUGAAAUCUUGUCAAUUGGUCAAUGUGCAAUUUCAAGCUCUCAAAUCCAUGAAGCUCAAAGUUCCCUUACGGAGAGAUGAUCCCAAUGCAUUUCUGGUGCUCAAGAAGGUCUCUGAGGAAGGGUUGAAUAUGGCGCUUAUCAAUCCCAACCAACCUUUAACCGCGACCAUUUCUUACAAGGUUGGGACCGAAUUGGCGUCAUUUGUACUCAAGCAAAGCAAGCUCUAUGGGAGCAUCCGAAUUUCUCCGUCGGGUCACAAGCUCUUUAUUGAACCCUGUCCAGAUCCUUAUUUGUGUCAUAUAGUUGUUGAGAAAGUAAAGCGAGUGUAAAGGAAAAGUUAAUAAAGUUCCGUGAUCCACUUGA